AGUCACAGUGCUGACGAGGAGCCUGUUACAUUACAGCUGUGCACCGAGAUACUUAUAACUUAACAGGAAUCACGGCGAUCACUGAGAGCGAAGCGGGCGGCUUGGCCGUGAGUUAAUCCUGCGUUUUAAAACUACGGCUAAUUUACUUCUCUUGAGAUUAGAGGAUAUUUGGUCCCGAACAGACAUCCAUCUGGCUACAGCAGGCAUCUUGAAGAGUGCAUAAACAUUGAUUACUGAUACCCUGUGGUGUGGCCGAUAGAAAAGUCAACACACGUUCAAGAGAACUAAGAAAAUCAGUCAGCAUACAACAAGAAGCCCGGAGUAACUGGAACUGCCCACACCGGCUACUGAAAAUAUAAUCAGGCACAGUAACCCAUGGACGGGCAGAGCUGACCACUCAUUGCCCCUUAACCCAUGCACACAGAGAUCUCAGCACAGUGCUUUGUAUCCCAGCACUCUCUGAAGGUCUGAGCUCCUCCUCCAUACUUACAGCCCACUUUUCAGAUCAGGAACAAUGGCGAGCUACACAUACUACCGCAUCACCAUCUUCCUGGCCAUGUUUGUGGGUUACGCCUUGUACUACUUCAGCAGGAAGACCUUUGCUUUCGUGAUGCCUUCUGUAAUGCAAGAGAUAAAACUCGACAAAGAUGAUCUCGGUCUGAUCACCAGCAGCCAGACGCUGGCCUACGCCAUCAGCAAGUUUGUCAGCGGCGUGCUCUCGGACCACAUGAGUGCCCGCUGGCUCUUCUCCAUCGGCCUCUUCUCCGUGGGCGUCGUCAACAUGCUCUUCUCCUGCUCCUCCUCGGUGGGGCUCUUCGCGUUCCUCUGGUUCCUGAACGGCCUGGGCCAGGGUCUCGGGUGGCCCCCGUGCGGGAAGGUCCUGCGCAAGUGGUACGAGCCUUCGCAGUUCGGCACCUGGUGGGCCUUGCUGAUCUGCAGCAUGAACCUGGCCGGCGGACUGGGCCCGGUGGUCACCACGGUGAUGUCGCACAGCUACAGCUGGCGCUCCAUCCUCUACGCCUCAGGCCUCGUCUGCAUGGCCGCCGCCUUCCUCUGCCUGCUGUUCAUCAAGAACGAGCCCAGCAGCGUGGGGCUGGCCAGCAUCGAACCCGGAACCAAGAAGGGCAAGAAGGGAGCCCAGAGUGACGAGAGCACCCUUGGGGAGUUCCUGCUCUCCCCCUACCUGUGGGUCUUAUCCACGGGCUUUCUGAUGGUGUUCGGAGUGAAAACGGCCUGUUCAGACUGGGGGCAGCUCUUUCUCAUCCAGGAGAAGGACCAGUCAGCUAUUAUCGCUAGCUCCUACAUGAGUGCCCUGGAGGUUGGAGGCCUGGUGGGUAGCGUGGCAGCAGGGUACCUGACGGACAGGGCCGUCGCUAAGCAAGGCCUACACACCCACGGCAGCCCCCGCCACAACCUUCUCAUCUCCAUGAUGGCUGGGAUGUUUCUUUCCAUGUACCUGUUCAGAGUCACCGUCACUCCUCUGAAAGAAGCUCCCGCCUGGCUGCUGGUUCUGCACCCUCUCUCAGUCCUGACGGGUUUAUCAGAGCAAGAGAUCUGGAUACUCGUCCUGGGGGCCGCGUUCGGCUUCUGUUCCUGCGGCCCCAUCGCCCUCUUCGGUGUGAUAGCCAGUGAAAACGCCCCUUCCAACUACUGUGGGACUUCUCAUGCCAUCGUGGCUCUGACCGCCAACGUUGGGGCUUUUCUCGCGGGACUCCCGUUCAGCACCAUUGCCAAGCAUUACAGUUGGGACACGGCCUUCUGGGUCGCCGAGCUCGUCUGCAUCGCGACUACAGCUGGAUUCUUCCUACUGCGCAACAUCCGCACCAAGAUGGGCCGUGUGCAUGCUAAGGCUAACUGAGGGCCACACCCCUCAGUCCUUCACAGCCAAUGGGGACGACCAUCCGGGGGCACCACCCAGUUUGCGCUCUCAUUGGUCAGCAUGACAGACUUUCUUGGCCAGUCAAGCCGCUGAAUAUGCAGCAGUACCCACAGUAUAAAAGUUUAAUAUACCAUUUUGUUGUGAUAUGCACAGUUGCUCAAUUUUCUCAUGAAGAUUUCAGUAUCUAGACCACAGUAAGAUCCUGAAGGUAACAUAUAAAUUCAGGUCUCAGAAAUUCAAAUCCAGCUCAAACACUUCUAAACAUUAAACAAGAUGCUUACUCUUAAAUUCAUAGUAUAGAAUGGUGGUUAACCAGUCUUCGUGGAUUUGUAAUUAUGCAUAGUAUCUUUAUCUGAGUGGACCAUUACAUUCUCACCUGUUCAAGCACACCGCAUUAAUAGGUCUGACGAACACUGCACCAGGUUUAAUGUAUAAUAUUAAAUACUCGUAUCGGAUGAUUACUGCAGUGACCCCAGAGGGGGAUGAAUCUUGUAAUGAUCAAAGGCAACAGCCACAUCCUUGACAAUUGGCCUCAGUAAGAAUUGGGGGAGAUUGAGUAAAAGCAGAAUUUUAUUCAAUUAUAAUUAAAGAUGAAUAAGAACAAA